CAUCUCAUUUCUUCCUCUCUUUUUUUUAUUUCCAAAUCAUUAUUUUCUAUAGUUUUAAGGAAGAGAAAUUUAUGCCAGCUACUAGAGAAAGUGUCGAGAAAGAGAGAGAUUCUACUAUAAUAAUACACCAGAAAGAGAGAUGGGAUUAACAUACAUGUAUCUGUUUACGCAAAUUGGAUAGCUUUUGAUUGUUUCACUGUCUGCUUAUAUUGUUUGUUCUUGGAAGAAGAAAUAGCCAAUUUGAAGAUGGCCGCCAACUCAUCGUCGUCGUCUUUCUUUGGAAGCAGGGAAGAUAAUCAAAACCAGAUGAUUCAAGUACAACAAUCAUCCACCGCCACACCCACUUUGUCAACUGCUCCAGCCACUGCACCUCAGAAGAAAAAGAGAAAUCACCCCGGAACUUCAUAUCCAGACGCGGAGGUGAUAGCACUAUCUCCCAAGACUCUAAUGGCAACAAACAGGUUCAUAUGUGAGGUAUGCAACAAAGGGUUCCAAAGGGAACAAAAUUUACAGCUCCACAGAAGAGGACACAACCUGCCAUGGAAGCUAAAGCAGAAGACUACAAAAGAAGUGAAGAGGAAAGUUUAUCUUUGCCCAGAGCCCACAUGCGUCCACCAUGACCCUUCUAAGGCGCUCGGCGACCUCACCGGCAUAAAAAAGCAUUACUCCAGAAAACACGGCGAGAAGAAAUGGAAGUGCGAGAAGUGUUCCAAGAGGUACGCCGUUCAAUCCGAUUGGAAAGCUCAUUCGAAGACUUGUGGCACCAGAGAGUACAGAUGUGACUGUGGCACUCUUUUCUCAAGACGUGAUAGUUUUAUCACUCACCGAGCCUUUUGCGAUGCACUGGCUCAAGAGAGUGCAAGACACCCCACCAACUCAACCACAAUGGGCAGCCAUUAUCUCUUUGGAAGUAAUCAUCAAAUGAGCUUAGACCAGAAUCAGGUUCAACCAUCGAGUAACCUGUUGCGUUUGGGCAGUACUUCUUCGGGACCACCAAAGUUCGAUCGGUUCAUCUCUCCAGUGAAUCCUUCUUCAUUACCGAACAUGCCUUCAUCUAUGUUCUUCAUGUCUGAUGCUGCAAACCAAGGGUUUCAUCAUCAUCAAGACCAUGGCCAUGGACCAUAUAUGAACAAGCCAUUGCAUGGGCUUCUGCAACUUCCUGAUCUUCAAGGAAGUACUAGUACUAACAACAACAAUUCCCACACUUCUGCAAAUCUUUUCAAUUUGGGAUUCUUCUCCAAUACCAGUGGUACAAGCAGUAUAAGUGCUAGUGAACUUCAAUGCAUGGGAGAUCAGGUUGGUUCAGGACUCUCCUCUCUUUAUAGCACUUCGAUGCAACACGAGAACAUUUCUCCCCACAUGUCGGCUACUGCAUUGCUUCAAAAAGCUGCGCAAAUAGGUUCAACUACAAGCAGCAACAACAACAACAACGCUUCGUCUUUGUUAAGGGGAUUGGGGAGUUCAUUGUCGACUGGGACAAAAUCCGAUAGACCAGUGUUAUCCCCCAACUUCGGCAGUAAUUUCGACGGCGGUGGAAGCGAAACGCUAAGAUCAUCACAAAUGGAGGAUGAUAGUAAUCUUCAAGGACUGAUGAACUCUCUUGCAAACGGCAACUCUUCCAUUUUCGACGGCGGGGCAGGGUUCGGUGGAAGUGAGCUGCAUCAGAAUCUUGCGGCGACGGGGAUGGGCGGCGGGAGUGAAAAGCUGACCUUGGAUUUUCUUGGUGUUGGGGGAAUGAUGGGAAACUUGGGUGGAGGUUUUUCUCAGAGAGAACAACACGGGAUCAAUGUUAGCUCUUUGGAUCCCGACAUGAAAUCAUCAGCUCAAGCAAAUCCUCAACAGUUUGGUCGUGCAAAACUUGUCUGAGCAGGCAAAGCUUUGUUGGAAUUUAAAACUCUUUUCUUUUUUUUUUUCUUUUUUUUUUUGAUGCCAUGAACUAGGGUUUCAUUCAUAAAACUGUUUUAAUGCUUACUCAAGCUAAGGUUUAAUCAAGCCUUUUGUUUUUGCA